AUGGCUCAAGCUGCUGUUGCUUCUUACGUCCCCGUCGAGAAUGCAUAUUCGGCCGCUGCAUUCACUGCACGGGACUCUACUCUUCUUGUGCACAAGACCGUCAAAUCAAGUCACACCGUCCCAUCUGCAAGAGAUACUCCCCCUUCCCUUCAGGCUGAUCCUCACCAGCUCCCGACCUUCUCCCGGAGCACUUCGCCCAUUCUAUACCUGCCUCCUCUUCUGUCCUCUCUCCCGCGCGGAUACCCACAACCAAGCCUGCCCUCUGCACCUCGAGUCACACCGCUCUCCAGUGCCGCGCGUCUUCCUUCCAUCGACAGCGCAUCGCUUGCUCUCCACCGCGCACUACAUCACUUCCGUGCGGUGACGCCCGAGUAUUCGAGCAUCCCGUAUGCGGAGGCCUUCAACUGGGGCGAACUCGAGCUCCCGGAAGAGGAAGAGCGCGAAUGGUACUGCGUCGCGUUCCGCAGCAAACGGCGCGAAAGCAGCGACGGUGGGCCGCUGUAUGAAGCGGACAAGAAAGCCCACGAAGAGGCUGUGCAGAAUGGAGGACUCAUCCUGUAUUGGUACGGGACACCACACCCGGAGACUGGUGUGAAUCUCGCGACGUGCAUCUGGCAGUCGCGUGCUCAUGCUGCUGCAGCAAACUCGCGCCCUCACCACGUCCGUGCGAUGCGCCUCGCGGCGAUAUUUUACGAGCGGUACGAGCUCGAACGCUACUGUCUCUUAAAAGUUCGUGGACAGCGUGGUGUUGAGGUCACACCGUUCGUGGGCGGAAGCGUUGAGCGCUUGAAGACUGGCGUAUAA